AUGGCAAAUAACAAAAAGGUUCUUAUAGGUGCUCAUCUAUCAAUAGCAGGUGGUAUAUGGAAAAUACAGGAAAGAAUGGAGGCUCUUAACGCCACCACAUGUGCACUAUUCCUAAAAAAUCAACGCAGAUUCGCAUUUACACCAUUAGAACCAAAAGCGAUACAAAAGUUCAAAAUGUUGGUAAAAAAUGCAGACCUCCUCGUUCCGCAUGGUUCGUACCUCAUCAACAUGGCAAGAAGUUGCAAAGAGGAAAGAAAGAAGCAUUUCGAAUGUUUUCGUGAUGAUGUGGCCCGCUGCUCCCUGCUGGGAAUAAAAAUGUAUAAUGUACAUCCCGGGAGCGAUGUAGAUAACCUGGGUAAAAAAGCGUUGGCGAACGUAGCCGAGGCGAUAAACGAAGUGAAUAAAAUAGAACCGAACGUUACCAUUGUUAUAGAAAAUAUGGCCGGCCAGGGACGCGUGUUAUGCUCCAAUUUCGGUGAUAUACGCGAUCUGAUAGAGCUUGUGCACGAAAAGAGCAAGAUAGGCGUAUGCCUUGAUACCGCGCAUCUGUUCGGCAGUGGAUAUGAUCUGCAAACGAAAGAGGCAUGCGAAAAAACGUUUGGUGAAUUUGACAGGGUUGUUGGCUUAAGGUAUUUGAAAGCGAUGCACUUAAAUGACAGCAAAGAGGAGCUGGGGUCGAAAAAGGACCGACACGAAUCGCUAGGACUGGGAAAGAUAGGAAUAGAAGCAUUCAAAUUUAUAAUGAAGGAUAAGCGGUUUGAAGACAUACCCAAAGUUUUAGAAACACCGGACAUAAGUCUCUACAAGAAAGAGAUCGCAAUGCUUAGAGGCUUUGCUGAAGAAAAUAAAUAA